AAAAUAACCGCCAGUGACCGUAGAAGCCCCACGGCAAUCCAUCACGUUGUCAUUCCCGAAUCAUCCCCCGAUAACGUUCAUGGCGGAAGGUAUGACGCUGAAGACACAUGAAGAACCAGUCGAAGGUGCACCGACAUUGACGCGGCAAGACUCGACCGCCACAAAGGUGAAGAAACUCGAGGCGUUUCAUCGCUUGAACGACGAAGGGUUCGGCUACCUGGGCGACAACACGUACAUCCACCACGGGUACCGCCUCCACUACACGAUGAAGGAGUGUGUCGUCUCUCUGUUUGAAGUGCACAACGAGACGCUCAACGUGUGGACACACAUGGUGGGGUCGCUCAUCUUCAUGUCGCUGCUCGUGCUCUUGUACAUGCAAGUCGACAAGGCCGUGCACUCCCAUCACACGUUGGAGUCGCCGCACCACGUGCACCUCGUGAACCUGCCGUACAUGUCCCAAGGCCACCACACGCUACGUCUCUUCACGACCCAUUCCGUCAUGGACGCUACCGAGCGCGCGCUCGUGCAAACGUUGUCGUUGCAUGGUCCGCCGCGCGACUUCCUCGAAAGCGCCAGCGUCCUCUUCAACUCGACACUGGCAGACCUCGUCCACGACUCGUCGGACCCGGUCGAAGUCCUCCUUCUCAAGCAAGACUUGUUGCAGCUCCAAGACCGCCUCGCAGCACUCGCCGACCACGCGUGGCUCAACCGCCACGUAUAUGGCCACCUAGCGUCGCUGCAAGACAAGGUCCGCGCUCGGCUCACGGCGAUCGAGCACUCCCAGCACCAAGACAACAUCCGCCACGGCAUCCAAGCCAUCACGGACGUCCUGAACGUCCUCCGCUUCGACCUGGACCACCACCACGUGCCCGUGUGGCCCGUGUCCGUGUUCAUCGGCAGCGCCAUCGUGUGCCUGAGCUGCUCUGCGCUGUUCCACCUCCUUUACGUCGUGGGUCCGGCCGUGUACGCCGUCAUGUCUCGGCUGGACUACUCUGGCAUCUCCAUCUUGAUCUCGGGCUCGUUUGUACCCGUGCAGUACUAUGGGUUCUACUGCCACGACACCCUUCGGUGGUUCUACCUGACCACGACACUGGUGCUCGCGACCCUGACAUUCGCCAUGGCCAUGAUGCCAUUCUUCGCCAAGGAGAAGUUCCUCGUGUUGCGCACAUGCACGUUCAUCUCGUUCGGGUGCUUUGGUGCCGUCCCGGUCGUUCACAUGGCGCUGCUCCGCGGCUUCCACGACGACCAAGUCCAAGUCAUCCUGUAUCCCAUGCUCUGGGAAGGCUUGUUCUACAUUGGCGGCGCCAUGAUCUACAUGAGUCGCAUCCCCGAGCGCUUCUACCCCGGCCGCUUCGACGUCCUCUUCGGGUCGCAUCAGAUCUGGCACGUCUGCGUCGUCAUGGCCGCCCUCGUGCACUUUCACAUGGUCACAAACCACUUUGAAUGGCGAUGGAACCAUCCGUGCCACGCCGACAUUUCCUUGUCAUAGGAAAUGUGUAUGUAUAUCCAGCAGUAGCUAGUAUCGACACUUAACUACUUCAUAUAGUAUUGUGUGAAUUUGCGAUA